AAUAACGACGGGUUCAACGAGGGCUGCUUCCCUCUUCGCCGCCUCGCCCUUCUGCUUCCCCGAGCAAUUGGAGACGAUCUCCACAGAUCACGCAACGAUGGCGCACGCUCUAGGAGCUAUGGCAUCCGUCUCUGCAUCUGUUGCGCCGGAUGCAUCGCUGAGGAAGGCGGGAUUGAAGGUUCAAAACAGUUUUAGCUUCAACAAUAAAUUAUGGAUGCCAUUAACAUCAGUAUGCUUAAAAAGCAGGACAGCAUCCACAUAUCGAUGCAAAGUUGUAUCAAUGUCUGUCCAACAAACUGUCAAAAGCAAAGUCCCAGUUCAGCCCUUGGAACUUGAGAAUGCUAAAGAGCCGCCUCUUAAUCUAUAUAAGCCCAAGGAACCAUACACCACUGCAACGAUUGUUUCAGUUGAGAGGCUGGUGGGCCCAAAUGCACCUGGUGAGACAUGCCAUAUUGUGAUUGAUCAUGGAGGCAACGUGCCUUAUUGGGAAGGUCAAAGCUAUGGUGUUAUCCCUCCUGGUGAGAACCCGAAGAAGCCAGGGAAUCCUCACAAUGUCCGACUCUAUUCAAUUGCAUCAACUAGAUACGGUGACUCAUUUGAUGGAAAGACAGCCAGCUUAUGUGUCAGAAGAGCUGUUUAUUAUGAUCCCGAGACUGGGAAGGAGGACCCUUCUAAGAAUGGUAUCUGCAGUAAUUUUCUCUGUGAUUCAAAGCCAGGGGACAAGAUUCAGCUAACAGGACCCUCUGGAAAAAUCAUGCUGCUGCCAGAAGAUAACCCAAAUGCAACUCAUAUCAUGAUAGCUACAGGGACCGGAGUUGCUCCUUUCCGUGGAUACCUUCGCCGCAUGUUCAUGGAGGAUGUAACUUCCUCGUAUAAGUUUGGUGGCCUGUCAUGGCUCUUCUUGGGGGUUGCAAACUCUGACAGCCUUCUCUAUGAUGAGGAGUUCAACAGCUAUCUUAAAAUCUACCCCGAUAACUUCAGGUAUGACAAGGCACUCAGCAGGGAGCAGAAGAACAAGAGUGGUGGAAAGAUGUACGUUCAAGACAAGAUUGAGGAAUACAGUGAUGAAAUCUUCAAGCUUUUAGACAAAGGCGCGCACAUCUACUUCUGUGGUUUGAAGGGAAUGAUGCCUGGAAUUCAAGAUACACUAAAGAGAGUAGCGGAGCAGAGAGGCGAGAGUUGGGAGGCCAAGCUCUCCCAGCUGAAGAAGAACAAACAAUGGCACGUUGAGGUUUACUAGGCAAAGUUAAGGCCUCCAGUCAAAUUCUGAUUGUUGCCUAAAACAUAGGAACACAUAUUUCGUCUAUUAGCAAAUUAAUUUUCUAGAUUUAUAAGAGAGACCCUUUGAUGUGGGAAGGAAUAAGGUUUAAGUGUAGCUAAAUCAAAUAUUGUGCUCUCCGUUGUUAUUUGGGGAUCAAUUUGUAUUUCAAGUUCAUGAAUUCUUGUAUUAUGAUUUAUUAGAGAAACUUUCAAAUCUGCCAAUUCCUAAGUAA